GAUUCUGACCCCGCCGAUAAGUAUCGGCCUUCCCUCUCAACACCAUCGAUUCUCGAUUCACCCUUCCAACACUCCCAUCUGCCUACUAGGUAAUCUUGAAAAUGAAAUUCACAAUCAAACCCUGUCACCCAACCGACGCCCCCGGCCUAGCAGCCACCAUGAUGGGCGCCCGUCUGACAGACCCCCACUGGGCUUUUCUCUGGGAGGAUCCAGAUCCAACCACUCUCAUAACCAGAGCUACUGAGCGCGUUCCCUGGAACUUAAUCACAGACAGACAGAGUAGACGGCACGAAAAGGUCGUCUGUGUUGAGACGGGCGAGGUGGUUGGGUAUGCACGGUGGACGUUGCCUGCUUUUCUAGCUGAGUGUGAGAAGACAGUAUGGGUUGAAGCGCAGAUUGGCGAGCCUAGCCUUGAAGAAAAGUCUAUGUAUAAAGAGAAAUUCAACUCGACGACGGAAAACGGCCGCUGGAUUGGGAUGAAAGACUCGGCUAUGAUGGACUAUCGCAGUGCGCCGCUAGAAGAAGCCGAUGCGAGGAUCACGCAAGAUGGGCCGUUUCUAACCAUCGACUACCUAACAACAUCGCCCAGUUUCUGGCGACGCGGAAUCGGGAGUAUGCUCGUGCAAAGCGGACUGAAGAUCGCCGAUGCAUACAACCUGAAAACAUAUGUCAUGUCGGAGCCAGCUGGGCUGAAGGUGUAUCUGAAUCACGGAUUUGAGGUUGUGGAUACGGUGAAAACGGAUUAUUCGGAGUUUGGGGGGGAGGAGGCUAUGGUGCAUUAUUUUUUGGUGAGGGAGAGCAGAGCUUAGAUAGAGUGUGUGUAUUACGGUUGAUACUUGCAUUUUACUUGGAUAUCAGAGCAAUACUUGGUAACAAAACCGGUCGUUUAUUCUUCUAUUCUCGGAUUCAUUCGGAAAUGUUCAUUCUUAUGCUAAUCAGUAUUAGUGCUGAAUUAAAGAAAACUA